AUGUUGGGUGGGGAGGAAGCAAAUAACUCUGAAGUUCGAGAGCGUCGAACACGGAGAAGACGACACGCGGAGGAGCGUUUGCGAAUUUUGGCUGAAGCGAAUGCCUCUCUAGAUGAAGAAGCAGACGAUGAUGGAAUAAUGAUCAGCAUCUAUGAGAGUAUUUCAGAUGAACUUCGACAUAAAUCUAAGCUACUGGAGAGAGAAAAACUAAAGACCAACUCACUGGAGAUUGAAAUUGGUGAUCUUCAACGUGAGUUUGAAGUUGACCGGCAAGACUAUCUCGAAACCAUCCGCAAGCAAAACCAACAUAUAAGUCUGUUGCAAGCGAUUUUAGACAAGGUACAACCCUGUAUUCGAAAAGAUAGCAAUUAUUCCAAUUUGGAUAAAAUUAAGAAACAAGCUCGAUAUGAUGAAGAAACUAAUGAAUGGUUAAUUCCACCAUUUAUUACUGAGCCUACUGUGCUUCCGCUUUCAAUUAAUUUGGAUAGUCGUUCAGUUUCUUCGGAUCAAAGUCAUCCCAGCACUCGAGGUUUCGAAUCUGCGAAAGAGGAGGAAAUGCAGCUCUAUGCAAAGUUAUCAAGUCGAUCUCAAAAUCACAAGAAAUACCUCAAAAAUAAUAGAAAGGAGAAGUUACUUUUGGACGCGGCUAUUGUGGCUUUUGCAGACAAUUCAGAAAUUAUUGUGCUGGGGAAGAGUCAAUAUCUUUGUUCUCGACCCACAUCUUUUGGCAACCGUUUACCCAUCGGAUCUUCGCCAUCUUCUCUUCCUGAUUCUCAAGGUUACGAAACACUUGUGCAGAUUCGAACGGAAAAUUGCCUAACAUCUAUGAUCCAAGUAUUACUCGAUCCGGAAGAGACUCAUAUCCGAUCAAUUCAAAUCCCAUCAAACCACAUAGGACAACCAGACAAGAUCCAACUAGAUGAUGUCACUUCACACAGAUCCCAAGAGCAGACUCCCUUCAUCAUCAGCCAGAUUGACUCUAUUUGGCGAAUUAUGCAACAGUGGAAAAUGGAACCAUAUGAAGUACUCCAACCACUAGCCACCAAUUCUGGCAAUUUCCUCGUGGCUGACUCAACUUCGCUAAUUUGGCUUGGAAAUCGACUCCAUGCAGUUGCGUUUAUGCUGCUGCUUUUUGGAGUUUAUCUAUUCGUAGUGCCAUUGCAGGCCUGUUAUUCUGAGAUAAACCUGACUCAAACUGACAAUACUAAUUCUUUCGGUUUGCAUAUGGCUGGUCGUGCAGCUGAUCCAAUUAGACAUGCAUCUUUGGAAUCAAAAGAAUGUCUAAAGGAGCUAGAUCUAAACUACAAGGAGGAUGUGGAAGCCUUUCCCAUCGAAGUUCGCUCAAAAGAGCCCUGGCAGCUCUUGAAGAAUGUGCCAAAGCAUUGA